CCCGCACCCGGACCCGACCGGCCCCGCCAGGACGCCCACGCCCACGCCGGGGCGGGGGACGCUCGGGCUCCCGCGCCCCACCGAAUCGUUGAACCGGGGACCUCGGGGCCGGGACUCCGGAAGGAGGAGCCCUCCGGAGCGUGGACCUCUGGGAAUGGACCUUGACCACCUAUGGGCCGCACACCUGUAGGCAUGCGUCUCGCCCCCCAGCCGGGCAGCCGGAGCCGGGGCGUCUGGGUCUCGCCCCACCAUGAGGACCGCCAACCGGAGGAGCGUGCCGGCCCCAGGCGCGACGCUGGCCCAGAACGGCUCUUGUGACAAAGGCCCCCUGAGCUCUCCGUUCCUGAAGAAACCACGCAAGGAAGACGCCGCCGGAGCAGAGGCUCCCCAGGACCCCGAGCCGACUGCCUCCACCGCCGUCCGUGUGACCCUCACCCUUUUCGAGCCCGAUCACAAGCGCUGCCCAGAGUUCUACUACCCGGAGCUGGUGAAGAUCGCCCGGGGCAGAGGGAGAAGCCUGCCGCCCGUAGACAAGCAGAAGAAGGAUCUCUCGGACCCUUUCAACGAUGAGGAAAAGGAAAGGGACAAGGUGGAAGCCCUGGCCAGGAAGUUUGAGGAGAAAUAUGGCGGGAAGAGGUGCCGGAAGGACCGCCUCCAGGAUUUGAUCGACAUGGGCUAUGGCUACGACGAGUCGGACUCCUUCAUCGAUAACUCUGAGGCGUACGAUGAGCUCGUGCCCGCCUCUCUGACCACCAAGUACGGGGGCUUCUACAUCAACUCGGGCACCCUGCAGUUCCGGCAGGCGUCGGACUCAGAGGACGACUUCGUGAAAGAGAAGAAGAAGAAAUCCCCGAAGAAACGGAAGUUAAAAGAUGGCAGCGAGAAGGUCAAGAAGAAGAAGAAAGAUGAUGCGCACGACAAGGACAAGAAGCCAAAGAAGUCCAAGUUCCCCAAAGCCGGCUUCACGGCCCUGAAUGCCAGCAAGGAGAAAAAGAAGAAGAAGUACUCAGGUGCCCUGAGCGUCAAGGAGAUGCUGAAGAAGUUCCAGAAGGAGAAGGAGGCCCAGAAGCAGAGGGACGAGGAGCACAAGCCCGCGGCCCCCGCCCUGGCCGACGCGGACGGGGCACCCGACCCCCUGCUCUCCCUCUUCGGCUCCGCCUCCGACAGCGACCUGCUGCAGGCCUCGGGUGCCGCAGACACCCUGAGCGACAUGGACUUGGAGGGUCUGCUCAGUGAGUCUCCGGGCGGGAGCCCCUUCCACACCCACGCCUCCGCCCCUGACCCAGACGGUGACUUCCCGGGAAGUGGCGGCGGGGACCUGGAGUUCAAGCCGCCCCCGACCCUUUUCGAGGGGCUCCCGGGCCCACUGGAGAAACGCAUCAAGGAGCUGGCACAGCAGGCAUCCAGGGCUGCAGAGGGAGAUGGCAAACUGAAGAUGUUCCCACAGGACAUCAACGGCCACCUGCUGGACAUAGAGGUGCAGGCCCGAGCCCCCCCUGGCCGUGCCCCCGCCGGGGCGUGUGCCCACCUCGCCUCCGCCCAGCCCUGCGGCAAGGACUCACUGGCCAAACGCAGUCGCAAGCUCCACGUCCGUGACCAGCAGGGUGGGCGGCUGGUGGAGCCUCUGCAGAAGCUCAGGGAAGCCAUUGGCCGGGCCAUGCCGGAACAGGUGGCCAAGUACCAGGAGGAAUGCCAGGCCCAUGCCCAAGCCAAAUUCACUAAGCUGCCCGAAGAAGAGAGAGACAAGGAGUCAAGGGAGCGUGUCUGCUCGGAGGAAGAGGAGGAGGAGGAGGAGGAGGAAGACGAUGAUGACGAAGAGAUGGGGGACCGACGGGUCUCUGGGCCCCGGAAGAAAUUCCAGUGGAGUGAUGAGAUCAGGGAGCUGCUGUGCCACGUGGUGAAGGCGCGGGUGGACGGCUCUGAGCUGGAGCAGAGCCCGGCCCGGGCCGGCGAGGACUGGGUCAAGGCCUUCCUGGACACUCACGUCAAGCCCCUGUGGCCCAGGGGAUGGAUGCAGGCCAGGACCCUGUUCAAGGAGAGCAAGCGUGUCCACGGGCCACUGACGUCUGCCCCAGCCAAGAAGAAGGUCGUGGCCGUGCCCAAAGUCAAGGUGAAGGAGUCCUCCGGGAAGUCUGACAGGAAGUUCUCAGCCCCGGGAGGGCAGCCGGGCGUCCCCCCAGCUCCGGCCCCCGAGCCCACGGGCGCGGGCACGGGUCCCCCGUCUGGCGCUGCGCCCCCUGGUCCCGUCUUCAGCUUGGACGACGCUUCGGACGUGGCCCGCGGCCCUGCCCCCUCGCUGGAGGCCGUGUCCAAGGAGCUGGCCGCCCUGAACAGCCGUGCCCGCGGAAGCUCCGACCGGCCCCUCCCCGCCGGCGGCUCUGACGAGAAACGGGGCGGCCCCAAGCCCGGCCAGCCCCCGGCCCCGGUCGCCGCCGCCGGCUCCCUGCAGGCCCCCCUCGGCUUCCUGGUCGAGCGGCCCCCGGGGCUGGCCGUGCCCGACAAGAGGCCCGACGGCAUCGCUCACAAGGACCUCCCGGCCCUGGCCAGCUCCAGUAGGGGCCAACCCACCGCCCACCAGCCCGCCUCUGCCCACCCGCCCAAACAGAAGCACCAGACUCCGCCGGCGGCGGCCCACGGGCCCCAGGCAGCCGGGCCCGGGCCCUCCCCUCCGCUCAAAGUCUUUCAUCCGAGUGGCCAGCAGCAGAGGAGUUUGGCCACCCCGGCCCCCUUCGCCAGCCGGCUGCAGGGAGCCAAGGCCGCCCCCGUCCCCCUGCCCCAGCGGGCCCUCCUGCAGCCGGCCAAGGCGUCUGCCAGGGGCCAGGCCUUCCACCCCCCAGUGGUGGCGGUGGCUGGGGUCAGCGCCGCUCCCGGCAGCGCCCACAAGGGCGCCGGCCCGUCGGGGCCUGGCGCGAAGCUCGUGGCCGGCUCUUUGGGGCCACCCUACAAGGCCGCCUUCGGGGCCGGCUCCAAGCACGGGCCGGCCGUGGGCGGCCUGGCCCCCGGAGGAUCGACCGGCCAGGGCUCCUCUUCCGGGGGCCUGCCGCCUUCCACCGCGGCCGGCCGGCCGGCCCCAAACCCAGCCGUCAAGAAGCCGCCCGUCUCCCAGAAGCUGACCCUGGUGGCGCCUCCUGGGGGCCCGAAUGGAGACUCAGGCGGAGGGACACAGGGGGUGGCCAAGCUCCUGACUUCGUCACUGAAGCCCACUGUGACGGGUGGUACGUCUUCGACCCCGGGGCCGGUGAGUGCCCGUGCCCGCUCCGAGCCGCACUGCCGGCCGCACCGACGCCCCCCCCAAAGCUGCCGGCCCAUCCAAGGACGCCAUCGUUACGGGCCCUGCCCCGGGCACCUUCCACCACGGCCUCGGCCACGGUCUCCUGGCCAGCUUGCAGCCCGGCCCGCCCAGUGCAGCACCCCUCCCCCACGCCGCCUUGUCGAGCCACACCGGGCAGAGCCUGCCAGAUACCCCUGUGAUCCACGGGAAAGGGCCCAGCGCACCCCCACGAAACCUGUGACCCCCACCGGGCCCCGGCCUAACGGGGACCGGUCAGCGGCGGGUCCACUCUGCCCGCCGGAUGCUCCCGCCCCGCAGCUAAGGGUGGAUGGCAGCCCGGGGAGGGCGCCGGGGGGGGAGGCGGGCGGUCCCAGCACCUCUCCAUCCCUUCUCGCCGGCCUCCAGACGUGGCCAGAUCGUGCGGGCUCCCUGCCCGCGUGGCUCCCAGCUGCAAAGAGAGGCUGCCUCCCAGCGCGGGCCCAGUUCUCGGCCCGGUAUUGGCACCAGCUCUGAGCCCGCGGGGCGGGCCCCCACUCCCCAUGACCAGCGGCCACCCCGGGAGGGUGGCGGACCCGUGGAGGAGAGAGAGACCGCUCCGGGCUGGGGGCCGGCUCGGGUCUCGUCACGGCCGCCGGCCGCGUCGGAUGGAGCGGGACUCCUCUCCGGGCCACCUGUACAGGAAGUCAGGACCCCAGUGCCUUUUCGUGGUGGACAGAUUUCUACAGCACAUCCUUCCCUGCCAUCCCCAUCCCCGUCCCCGCCCCACGGGGGCAGAGCCACCCAGCUUGCCACCACGGCCGGUGGACCGCCGCCCGGUACCUUCAAAGCUCAGGCCGGGGUCUGGACCCCCGGCCUGUCUUGACCCAAGACUCUGCAUCCUGGUGGACGGAGGGAGAGGCGCAGGUCGGGCCGCUCACGCUUCAGGCGGGCCACCGGCUUCCCCCGGUCUGCGAGGUCACGUGUCCGUCCACGGAUCCGCGGGUCCAACGUGGGUCAGUGGAUCCGUGUCUGUAACCCUCCAGGUCUGUGGGGCCGCUGUCCUUGGGCCCACGGGGCUGGGGGCCCACGACGUGCGCGGGGUCCGUGGAUUCACGCCUGAGGGUCCGUGGGUCUCGCCGUCCGUGGGGUCCGCGCGUCUGGCCCGGCACCCGGAUGGGGCCCGUCCAGGAGCACUUACCCCAGCCGGGUGACGGCCGGGGACAUCGCCCUCCUGCAGCUCCCUGAGCCAGGAGUCGCACUCUGAGAAGGCCGCGCGCCUCGCCCGCGGGCAGAAGCGGGCCCGGCCGACGGGCGCGAGGCCAGUCCCGAGCUGCGGCCGGCGGGGCCGUCGCUCCCCAGCCGCCGCCGCGAGCCCCCCGGGGACGUCCGGCCUCGAGGCU